UGACGAACGAGCAAAUGCGUUUUGCCAAAAGAGAAUGUUGCUCGGCAAUGUCGCGUCCUCUUCCUCAGCGAGUCACUCCACCAUCUUCUUCUCCUCCUUCCACCGAUGCCCUAGCAUUCGAGCCCGCUCCGGUUUCCUCACUGCUCUCAGAGCUCGUUCAGCUUCAGCGGAGAACGACUACGAUUCUCUCGAAAACCGCGAACAAGUCCCCGCACCGGCGAGCAGUUACGCCGGCGUCAAGCUGCUGGAGACGGUCGACGUCGCGAAGUCUGGCAAGCUCAGGCUCGACGCCUGGAUCUCCUCUCGGAUACAAGGCGUCAGCAGGGCUCGCGUCCAGUCGAGCAUUCGAUCGGGAUUAGUCUCUGUCAAUGGCCGCGUCGUCGAUAAGGUCUCGCAUAAUGUCAGAGCUGGAGAUAUGGUUGAUUGCACGAUCUCAGAGCUGCAACCUCUGAGGGCGGAGCCGGAGGAUAUACCUGUGGACAUAGUGUACGAAGAUGAACAUGUGCUUGUUGUCAACAAACCUGCACACAUGGUUGUUCAUCCAGCGCCUGGAAAUGCUUCAGGAACUCUUGUGAAUGCCAUUCUUCAUCAUUGCAGUCUUCCAACAGUUGGUUUUUCAGAAACAGAACUUUCGGAGGGCGAGGAGGUGUCGGAUAAUGAGUCUAGUAGCUCUAUAGCUUGUGAAACUUCUACUAAAGGAUUUAACUCAUCUGAAUGUGGAGGUUCUGUGCGUCCCGGCAUUGUUCACAGGUUGGACAAAGGAACUAGUGGAUUGCUAGUUGUUGCAAAGAAUGAGCAUUCACAUGUCCAUUUGUCGGAGCAAUUUAAGAGGCAUACCAUUCAGAGAGUAUACAUCAGUCUUACAUCUGGAGUUCCUUCGGCAACAUCUGGCCGCAUUGAGGUUCCAAUUGGUCGUGAUACAAACAACCGUAUUCGCAUGGCUGCUAUUCCAGGACCAAUCAACGGGGUUCAGGCACGUUAUGCUGCUAGUCUUACAUCUAUUAAGUUUUACAGGUACAAAGUAAUUGAAGUGCUUGCUGGUGGAAGCUCCGCUUUGGUUGAGUGGAGGUUAGAAACUGGGCGUACUCAUCAGAUUCGUGCUCACGCAAAGUAUGUAGGAAUUCCUUUGUUCGGUGAUGAGGUAUACGGAGGGACAAAAAACAUGAUAUUGUCAUUACUGCAAGCCAAAUUACCACCUGGUCGCCAAAGCCACCUUCCAGAGUUGGUUUCUAAGCUAGAAAGGCCUUGCCUCCAUGCUUUUUCUCUUGGGUUUAUACAUCCUCGUACAGGGAAAAAUGUGCAGUUCUCAUGUCAGCCACCUGAAGAUUUCUCUCAAAUAUUAUGUCAACUUCGCAAACUUGGCAUGACGAAGCAUACCUUGAAGGCAUGAUUAAUCCCUGCAAAACUUUGAGUUGAGGUGAGUGCUCGUAUUAUUUUGGAGCAAGGAGGCAUGAGGUUGGCGAGAUUUUUCUUGAAGUUGGUUUAAUUCUACCGAAUCUUUUGAUGAAUAUGCCAUACGUACUUAAAAUAGGUCUGUCUCGUUAUGCUAAGUAGCCGUCCUCCAGGAGGUGUAAGCUGUACAGCAUGAAUUGAACCGUGACUUAUCGACCAGAUUAAAGAUUGUUCGCUGCACUCUGCGAUCUGGAUGCAGUGGCUCUGAAUGAACUGUAAGAACGAGCUUCUAUCCAGAUCAUGGAAUGAAAACCAAUGCAUCAACAAUUUUUUUCUCUAUUGUAUAAUGAGAAUCAAUUGAGCCUGUUAAGUUAUGUAACAGAUAUGGGCAAUUUACACUCUGAAUGCUAAAACAAAUUGCCUGAUAGACAUGUAGAAGUAAAGGAGAUGCUUGAGUUGAGUCUGCAAAGGCAAAAUAAGAAUCGUUAGGCUACAUCCAAAUUCAAUGUACUUGCAAGACUUAAAUGGUUAUUCUGCCUUAGUUUGUCAGAAGCAAACUGCUAAGAAGUUGCAUAAUGGAUUCUGGAUGUGAGGGAAAGGGAAAAGAUAGAGCCUACGGCUAAUGGAUCUUUCAGCUGUACUUUGUAGCCACAAGUCCAACGUAACUGAGGAUUCUCAUAAUACUCCCUAUGAAUGAACAGAAGUACAUACUAUUAUACGGGAAUAACUUGCAGCGUUCACCACUAGAGAACAAGUGAAUGCUUGCUUGCUUGUUCAUGAGUAGAAAAAGUGACAAGAUUUUCUAUGUCAACUUCUGAAGCGAUCAAAUCUGAUCCACUUGUUUGUGAGAGUUUUUAGCCUGACCUAAGUGUAAGCAUCGGAUUGAACUUUUGGAUCAGCUGCAUAUUUUACAGAAAAAGAAGUAAUUUAACUUCCUUCAAUAUUUAGGACAAAAAAUUAUGGUAAAAGGACCAUAUGCCGCCUCCAUGUUUAGAGUGAAUGCAUGUACUUUUAAAUUGAUGAUACUGACCCUUAGUUGCAUAUUUGUCAAAUUAGCUUCUGCUAGGUUUCCUAUGGAGCUAGUAGUGUGAAAACCUCCGAGGCUGUCUUGUGGGAUGGUUACAUCAGAAAUCCUAAUCAAAGUUUCUUUUUUCUGGUCUGAGAUCCUAAUCAACAUCACCCACUUGAAAGGACAAGGGAAGAUCAAGUAAAAUACUGUUAGAUACACUGGUGUCUGGACAGUUAUCCACAGUAGUAUAUGAUCUUGUAUGCUUGUGGAUACAUGAGAAUUGCGUAUGAUCACUUUGACAGUAGUAUUUUGGAAAUUAGCUUGAAAAUUGAAGAGUAUGUACUAACCGAUGGCUUAGACCUUAUACUCCCAGACGUGCAUCCACUUAGGAGCUGACCACUUUGUCCCUUUGAUCACGGGGCAUGCACCUGACAUAGACAGUAAAGCACGUCGAAUGAGGAAAUGCUAUUUUGGCAAUUU